CUUAUUUUCUUUGAGCCUCUGCUACUCUGAAAACCUGGAGCUCGCAAAGAAGAAAAGAAAAACAUGCUGCGAAGAUCUCAGGAAUCAGACCUUAAUUUCGAUCACCAGGGUUAUUCUGUCUGUGCUGUGAGACAGUCGAUCGAAACAGACCCGAUCGCAUAUCGGCCUGGCAGUCGGCAAAGCCAAGCGGCAUGGCGCUCCUCAUCAAAACCGAACGGUCUCCCGGAACAAGAGCAAAGCCGAAUAUACCAUGAUUGGAUCACCGCUGGAAAAGAACAUGUGUUCGUUUGCUCAGGGUGCUAUCUUCCGGAGAAUUUGAUCGGCUGUGAAACGUGCUGUAGAUCCUACCACGCACAAUGUUUGCCAGAUACUGCAUCCCCGAUGCCACUUGAUGGCUUUCACUGCCCGUCAUGCAAAUCAAAAGGCUGGGAUCGAGCCCCUCCUUCACUCCCCGCACUACCUUCGUCUUUAAAUACCUCAAGAGAUGCCACUCCAACUGCAGCCUCGGGGUUCAUACCACCCUCCUAUGGAAGUGCUUCAAGCAGUUCUCGAGCAUCCCCUUGGACGGGUACGAGCAAUAUGCCGGUGAUCACCUCGGCAUUAGAUCUUGUACCGGAAAGUGCUGAUGCUUUUGAGCACAAUCAUCUCACAGCAAAUAUAUCGCCGAUCACGGACAUGUAUCCGCACAUUCUGGCAUUUCUAGCUCAGCCGGACGCGCAGGACGUGACCCGUCGGCCAGAGUUCUUCCACCAGAUCCAUUCAAUGAUGCAAGAACUUCAAUCGCACCGGUCGAUGCUCCAGAAAGCAGCAGUCCUGAGAGAGGAGUUUUCAAGAGUUCAAACUGAGAAUAUUCAGAUUCGAACGUAUCUCAAUUCUCGACUUCCUUCUAGGGAGCCUACUUUUUCGACUCCCUCUACCUUUUCACCCGUUCCAAGGCCAACACCAGAUACCAGUGGGAGAUCUUGGGAUAGUAUCGUUCUAGAUCUUAUCUAAAUGCCAAGAUAGCUAUGGAAUCAUGCAUGUCCACAGGGGUAUCAUCUAAGAAAUCAGUCAAUUCGGC